AUGCCAUUUAACAACAAAACUAAAUUUGAACCAUCAAAACAUCAAGCAGCAGGUCAUGAUGGCUGUUUAAUAUCAGAUUCAAUUUUUGUAAAACCAACAAUAAAGCAAGAACUAGAGUUUUAUUCAUACAUCAAUACAAUAGAUCAAUCAAGAGAAUCAAAUUCAAUUGAAAAUGAUGAUAUUUAUUUAGGUUCUUUAUUAAGUCAUUGGAUGCCUAAAUUUUAUGGGAAUUUAAAAGAAGGUACUAUAAAUGAAACCAAAGAGUCAAACAAAUUAGAUUUAAAUCUAGAUGAUAAUUCAUCAAUAUCACUAACUCAAAAUUCCAAAAAUGUUAAAGAUUAUAUAGUAUUACAAAAUUUAUAUCAUAAUUUUAAAAAACCAAAUAUAAUGGAUAUAAAACUUGGUUCAAAAUUAACUGAUGAUUCUAAAACCACUGAAGAAAAAAUUAAAAGAUUAAAUAAAGUAAGUUGUGAAACUACUAGUGGAUCACAUCUGUUUAGAAUUUGUGGGAUGAAAGUUUUUAAUAAUCAAAAAAUUUUACCUGAUGAAUUAUUUGAAGGUAUGAAUGAUACAAUUUUGGAUGAUAAGGAUGAUUAUUUUCAAUUCAAUAAGUUCUUUGGAAGAUCUUUCGAUUCAAAUAAUAUAAAACAAGGCAUUGAGUUAUUUUUCAAAUUAUCAAUGUUAUCUCCAAUACAAAUUUCACAUUUGAUUGAUAUAUUUUUGAAGAGAUUACAAUUGAUAUACAAUUGUUUGUUGGAUUAUGAGGUAAGGAUGUUUUCAGCCAGUUUAUUAUUCAUAUAUGAAGGUGAUCCAAAAGUGUGGAAUGAAAUUAAUAGUGAAGAUUUUGAAGAUGUUGAUCCAUUAAUUAAGGAACCGGAAAUAAGUGAUGAUGAAGAAUCAGAAGAAAUUGACGAUAAUGACAAAGCCAUUUUGAAUGAUUACAAGGUUGUUAAAAAUUUAAUUGAUAAAAGUCCAGCAAAUUCAUCUCCACCAUUAAGUAGUUUAAAUUUAAUUGAUUUUGCUCAUUCUAAACCAACUCCAAAUGAAGGGUAUGAUGAAAACGUAAUAAGAGGAAUUGAAAACUUAAUAAAGAUAUUUACGGAAUUACAAGAAAAGAUAUAG